ACAAAAUGGCAGGAACUCAAUGUCCUGUAGUUAGCAUAGUUAGCUCAUGAGGUGUCAAAAUUACUACGUUUCAGGAGAAAACAAGAUUUCCCAUGAACGGAAGGCGCUUUGGUCGAUCAAAUGAAGCUAUCUUUUAAAUUUUCUUUAUUUUAAAGUUCGUUAUUAUCAUAAAGUUGACAAGGAAGGCGCGUGGUUAGCGAAAGCUCGAGAGAGCUAAUGACAACAACUUGCACUACAAGCUAACAUGCGACUUCUGAAAGCCUUAAACACAAGGAAGUGAGUGAAAUAAAAGCCUUUGUGAGAAGCUUUACUUCACAGCAGAGAUGAAGAAGUGGAACUGGCGAGAGGGGCAAAGACCUCACAGGAGACAGGGAGCUGGUCAUCGUCACGGCUGGUACAGAAAUAACAGGCAGAGAUCAACACAGGAAGAUCAAAGGUCUGGAUAUUAUGAUUCAGGGCCUUACCACAGGUCACCCCAGAGGAGAUAUGAAGAUCAGGCAUCCUCCUCCUCAACCCCAUCCUCCUCCUCCUCUGCAGCUUCCUCUUCUAAUGCCAGCAGUGCCGCACCAGAGCUGCCUGGUUUCUACUUUGACCCAGAGAAAAAUCGUUACUUCCGCUUACUGCCAGGACACAACAACUGUAACCCACUGACCAGAGAGCAGCUGCAAGAAAAAGAACGAGAGAAACAAAGAAACAAGAUGCUUGUAGAAGAUGAGAAUCCCAGAAAAAAAGCUCCAAGAACAGGACUGAACACUUCAUUGCUGCUGCAGAAAAGACAUCUUGGCCUGUUACCAGAGAACUCCUAUUGCAGGCUGGUCCAUGAGGUGAAGGUCAGUGCAAUGAGACGCCACAAACUGGAGAUCCAAAGCUCGGACAACAGCAGCCCAAACACUGACAACUUCAGGCUUAUUGUGGGCGACUCUGCAUGCGAGCGUGUUUUCACAGUCAAUGAUGUGUCACAUGGAGGCUGCAAGUACGGCAUCAUGAACUUCAGCAGCAGCAGCAGAGGCUCUCUGUCUGUGGAAAUGUGUGACAACCUGUACUUCACUAACCGAAAGGUGAAUUCCAUUUGCUGGGCCUCAGUCAACUACCCUGACUCCCAUGUCUUGCUGUGUCUGGUCGGAGCAGCAGACACCCCCGGCUGUGUCAGUUUACUUCCCGCUUCCCUCUUCAGCAACUCCAACCCAGACCAGCCUGGGAUGCUGUGUAGCUUUAAGAUCUCCUCAGCCUGGUCAUGUGCCUGGUGUCUCAACCCCCAGUUUGACAAGACCUUCAGCACUGGUCUGUCUCGCAGGGUGAUCGUGAAGGAUGCAGAGACCGGUCGGACACAGACGUACAGCACCGGCAGCGAUGUUUUGGCUCAGCAGUUUGCCCACAGAGUUCCUGUGUUGUUUAAUGGCUGCAGAUCAGGAGAGAUCUUCAGCAUUGAUCUUCGGCAGCGUGUCCGCAGAGAUCAUAGCUCCAAGACUAGCCGCUUCCAUCAAGAAUCAGCCAUUACAUCUGUUCGUGUCCUGCAGGAUGAGAACUACCUGCUGGCAGCUGACAUGCUGGGCCAGAUUAAGUUGUGGGAUGUCAGGGUGACGAAGCCAGUGCAGGAGUAUAAAGGACACUACAACGAGCACGCCUACCUUCCCAUCCAUGUCAAUGAGCCAGAGGGGCUUCUGUUGGCAGUUGGACAGGAUUGCUACACACGAUUAUGGAGCUUAAAAGACGGACUCCUGCUCAGGACUAUCCCAUCUCCCCACCCUGCAGCAAACGACCUGAUACCCAGCGUGGUCUUCUCAUCCAAACUGGGCGGCUGCAGGGGUCUCCCUGGCCUGCUCAUGGCCGUCAAACAUGAUCUUUACUACUUCCCAUACAACACUGACUACCAGGAAGAAGCAGUGCAGCAGGUGGACUUAUAGGGGAAAAUGGUCAUCUCAUAAAUAUGUUUCAUUGUGCUAAAAUGAACUUUAAAUCUCAGGGUUACAUUAAAUUUGAAUUACUUGUUGGUGCCAUGUGUAAAGAAUAAUGAAAGUUUGGAGUGGUUUGUGUAACCUUUACAAAAAGUGCUCUUAAUUUUUAAUGUAGUUGAGGAUGUCUUUGAUGUGAAAAUGUAUACCACAAAUCAAAUUUUCUAUUUCUUGUAUUAUUUCAAAAAGAAUCAGCAAACACUGAGGUUUUCUGCAGUUUAAUACGUACAUUAUGAGCAUACAAGAACAUUAAAGUAUUGAUUGAUU